UAGAAAAACCACUAUAAAAGGGGAAAGAAAUCAACGAGGCUCAAAAGGUCAAAACCCAAAAAGAAACUCUCUCACAGACCAAAACACAAACACCUGAAACAUUUUUCUCUUCAAUGGGUUCUAGGAAGAUCUUCCAUGCAAAACCCAGUUACAUUUUUCCGACGUCAUCGAUCCGGGAAAAUCCAGUCGGCUCCAAUACUCUGUAUGAAUUCGAAGAGUCUGAUAUAUGGAAUUCCAAACCCAACUCCGACUCCAACACAGUUUCAGCUCUCGAUCAACCAAGGAAAUCGAUACCCAUGAGGGAUCCGAAGAAACUGGGUAGUAGGAAGAUCAGCGUACAGGCCGAGAGAACGACGUCAUCUAAGGUGACCUCUGCAUCAUUGCCGAUGAACAUACCAGACUGGUCAAAGAUUCUGAAAGAUGAUUACAAAGAACAUAGAAGAAGAGAGAGCGAUGAUGAUUUUGAAGAUGGAGAUGAUGAUGACAAUGAUGAUGAAAGUGAAAGAAUGCCACCUCAUGAAUAUUUAGCAAGGAAAAGAGGAGCUUCUUUGUCUGUUCAUGAAGGAAUUGGGAGGACAUUGAAAGGCAGAGAUUUGAGAAGGGUGAGAAAUGCAAUUUGGAAAAAAACUGGGUUCGAAGAUUAAAUUUUACCCAAAAAAUUAUAAUUAUUAUUAUUAUUUAUCUAGAAGUAUUAGUUAUCGGAAAAUUUUGGUAGCCCAGUGAUUCUAUGUCUCUCUUUCUCUUCCUUAUCAUAAUUUAUCAUAUUUUUCUGCUUUA